AUGGAGGACUUGCGACUUGAACUUGAGUGUGAGAAACAAUAUGGUAGGUGCAGAAACUUUAUUGUGUCAAGUAUUCCACACUCCGAGAAUGAAGACGUUCAACACAAGAUAGCAACACAGAAGUUCAUGUCAACACAAAAAUGUCGUCUUCAUGAAGUAUAUAAUAGUCUGAUAGCUGAGGAACUUAUUCUACCAGAUGAAACCCUUGAUGUUAAUAUGCUUUUUGAACAUUUUUGUGAUGUACUGAGGGAAAUCGUUGCAAAGCACACUCCACUCAAGAAAAUUGGUGUUUUCAGGUUUCCAUGUUGGUUCUCCACCGAUCUUACAAACCUUACAAUUGAAAAGAAGAGACUACAACGGAAAUACAAGGAUUCACUCGAUGAACAAUCAUACGCUGAGUUUUCAAGAAUCCGAACUCAGUGUCGUAACUUGUCAAGAGUGUGCUACUACGACUACAUUACGUAUGUUCAGGGUUGCAUUACCUCUGAUCCGAAGGCUUUUUUGAACUUUGCUAGGAACAACAAACGUCUCGAUAUGUGCCCCUCUACUCUUAAGUAUGGAGAUAAAUCGGAAACUGAGGCCAAGCAGAUGUGUGAUUUAAUCGCAAGCUACUUUUCUUCUGUUUUCUCGCCACCUUCACUGGUUAGAAACAGUUACAGAUUCAACACUCCUUUCUGCCUUAGUGGGCUGUCCCUCACUACCUCGGAGGUUUUUGAUGCCCUGGGUGAACUUGAUGUUACCAAGGGAUGCGGCCCUGAUCUUAUCCCAUCGAGUGUCCUUCGAUACUGUAGCGUACUGCUUUGUAACCCUCUGCAAGCUGUCUUCAAUAAGUUACUCCAUGAUGGAAUCUUUCCGGACGUCCUCAUGCUGAGCUAUGUCGUACCGAUACAUAAAGGUGGAUCUAAGGAAGAUGCUAGAAACUAUCGUACGAUAGUAAUCCAAUCGGCUGUUGUCAAGAUCUUCGAAAAGUUCGUUGUGAAGAAACUCAACCCUCUCUUUCUUAAUGUCAUCUCACCAAAACAACAUGGUUUCUGCAGAGGAAAACCUACAACUACUAAUAUGAUUGUAUUGGAAGCGAACAUUGUUAAGGCCUUUAGCAACCGCAAACAUCUCGAUGCCAUCUAUCUUGACUUUUCGAAGGCCUUUGACAAAGUUAGUCAUUCUCGACUUCUGGCCAAAUUGGAAGCUUAUGGUGGUGUCGGGUACCUUCUUGAAUGGAUUGCAGUUAUCUUUCUAAUUGAAUACUACGUGUGGUAA